UGCCAAUGUCAUAGAUUUUAGUUUUUUCACAUAAGCUGUUUUCAAAAUUAUGGUGUUUUCCAAAGUUUUUAAAUUAUUCAAUAUUAACAAACUAUUAGUUGUCCAAGCAAGAGGUACUGGAAAGUGUAAUAGUAAUAAUAAAGAUUCCAAGUCCAAGAACAACAACGAAAAAGUUAUCGCAUUAAAUGAAAUUCAUAGGUUUAUUAGAGAAUGCUUUGAGAAAUUAGGUGUAAAAAAAGAAAAUGCAAAACUUAUGGCCGAUGGUUUAGUAGCAGCUGACUACAGAGGUAUUUACAGUCACGGUUUAAGCAGAUUAGAACCAUAUAUAAAAGAUAUCACGAAUAAAGUUUGUGAUCCAAAUGCCUGUCCCAAAAUUAUGAUGGAGACUGUAUCGACAGCAGCGGUUAAUGGAAAUAAUGGAUUAGGCACAGUGAUAGGUGCAUUUUGUAUGGACUUAGCUAUAAAGAAAGCAUCAGAAACGGGCAUUGCUAUAGUAGUAACAAAUGGUUCAAACCACUUCGGAAUAAAUAUGUUUUACACUGAACGUGCUGCAGAAAAGGGAUUUAUUGGUAUGGCUUUUACAAAUACAUCCCCGGUUAUGGUCCCAGCGGGUGCAAAAGAUGUUUGUCUAGGAACUAAUCCCAUAUCAAUAGCUGCACCAGGUGAAGGCAAUGAUCGCAUGGUUAUGGAUAUAGCCACAACAGCAGUAUCUUUUGGUAAGAUUCAAACAUAUAAUCGAAACAAAAAACAAAUUCCGUUAGGAUGGGGCCUGGAUGAGCACGGUAAAGAGACUACCGAUCCAGAACUGGUGGUCAAAAGCAGGAAAUUGAUGCCCCUCGGAGGAAAUGUAUCUUACAAAGGAACUGGUUUCGCUCUUAUGGUUGAGUGUCUUAGUGGUCUUUUGGCAGAUGCUAAUUACGGACCUAACAUUAGACAAUGGGGUCAGAAAACAGAUAAACCGGCAAAUCUAGGACACGGUUUUAUUGCUAUUGAUCCACAAAAAUUUCCGGCUGGUUUUCAGAAACGUUUAAGUGACCUUCUAAAUUAUAUUAGAAAAAUGCAACCUGUGGAUCCAAAUCAGCCAGUUAUGGUACCUGGUGAUCUAGAACGGAAAAUAAUGGAAAAAGUAAACAAGCAAGGUGGAAUAACAUACACUCCAACUCACAUAUCAAUGGUUGAAAAAAUAUCUAAGGAGCUUGGCGUCAAGGGAGUUAAAUUCAAAUGAAAUAGUUCAAUUUUUAUAUAAGAAAAAUACCUUUAUCUGGUUUUUAUAAUAGUCUCGUGUAUUGGUAAUAUUAAUAAAGAAACUUUUGAAAUA